AUGAGAUCUGAAACCAUCAUCUUCGUGUCCGGCCUCCUUGGCACGGCUGCGGCCGGCAAGCCGGAUCCAAAAACACUCCCGCUGCCACCCAUGGGCUUCAACAACUGGUCGCGCUUCAUGACGGCGAUCAAUGAGUCCAUCUUUGUGGACGCCGCCGCCGCCAUGUCCACCAACGGCCUGCUGGCUGCGGGCUACAACCGCAUCAACCUCGACGACGCGUGGUCCACGACGAAGCGCAACUCGACGGGGUCCAUGGUCUGGGACACGACCAAGUUCCCGCAGGGCCUGCCGUGGCUGACGCAGCACCUCAAGUCCAAGGGCUUCGUCCCCGGUAUCUACAGCGACGCGGGCACGCUCUCGUGCGCCGCCAACUACCCGGGUACCCUCGGCCACGAGAGCCAGGACCUGCACGACUUUUACGCCUGGGGCUUCGAGUACCUCAAGCUGGACGGCUGCUACGUCGAUGACUACCCCACCGUGUACGGUCUCUGGCUCGACCUGCUGGCCAAGUUCAACAAGGGAAAAGCUAGUGGCAAGCGCAUGGUCUUUUCCAACUCGUCGCCCGCAUACUAUGCGGAUCCCAAGGACCUGCAGGGCUGGUACGGCAUCAUGAUGCAGGCGGCAGCCGGCGGCCAGCUCGCGCGCCACUCGUAUGAUAUCGCGACGUACAGCUCGAAGCCGGCGUGGAACAGUGUCAUGGGAAACUACGGCUUCCAGGUGCGCACCACGCGCUUCCAGCAACCGGGUUAUUUCAACGACCCAGACUUCCUGAUUGCCGACCACCCGGGCCUGACGCUGGAGGAGAAGAGGAGCCAAUUUGCCUUGUGGACUAGCUUCUCGGCGCCGCUCAUCAUCAGCGCCGAUAUUCCUCACCUCACCAAAGAGGAGCUUGCCUUUUUGAACAACAGGGAUCUUAUUGCCGUGAACCAGGAUCGUCUUGUGCAGCAGGCUUCGCUCGUCAGCCAGGAUGCGACCUGGGAUGUCCUCACCAAGAGCCUGGCCAACGGAGACAGACUUUUGACCGUUCUCAACAAGGGCAACGCUGCCGCCGACUUGACUGUGCCGUGGGCUCGCAUUGGCGUGCGCCCGGAGAGCAGCGCGACACUCCAUGUGCGAGAUCUUUGGGCCGGUAAAACGUCCAACGUCAGGGCGAGCAGUGGCGGAAUCACCGCCAAGAAGGUUCCCAAGCACGGGACGGCUGUUUUCCGCAUCUCGGGCGACAAGCUGAAGACCGUGCCGACCGGCAUAAUCUUCAACACUUGGUCCCUGCACUGCCUCACCGAUUCUGCUUCGGGGGAGGCAACCUGGGCUACUUGUGAUGCCUCUGAUAGUCAGUCGUGGACCGUCGACAAGUCUGGUCGUGUGAGCAGUCUGCUUAAUCCUGGUAGCUGCCUGGUGAGCAACGGAACUGUCUCGACUAGCAGGGACGGCUGCGCAUCCAGCACCUGGAAUUUUCCCGUAUCUGGCAACAUUGUGCACAAGACGAGCGGAAAGUGUGUCAAUGAGAACGAAGAUGCUUCUACAUCUACAGCGGACUGCGGCGAUGUUGAGAACCGCCAGGUUUUUGGUGUGCCUGUUGGCGUGGAAAUUAACUAUUCAUAG